AUGGUGGCCUCUAGAUCUCACCACGGGCUGCGGGAAGCGCUGGUGCCGCAACGAGUGGUGCAAACGGGGCGGCACAACCUCGGCGCCGAGCCCCUCCCCAAGACCGGCGGCAGCGGCGUGGCCGCGGUGCUGCCCGUCAUACGCCCGCUCGUAGAGAACAUCCGGCAGCCGCACGUGCCCAUGUUCUUCUGCGUCGACGAGGCGAACCAGCGGCGCCACGCGGUCGCCGAGAUGCUCGCCGCCGAGGGCGGGUGGGAUCUCGAGUGGUGCGUCGCGGCGUGCGAGGCUGAGGGGGUUGACGCGCUGGACCGGGUGCGGGAGUGGCUGGCCAACUGGGCGCCCAUGAAGGCAGCGUGA